GGAGGGCGGGGGGCCCUCGGUCGCCCGAGGCUGGAAUCGACAUUUGCCUCUGGCAGGAAAGUGAGCUGGUUAGUCCGUUUCUGUCUCCAUUAGACACUCAACACACACAAGAGCAGGCGAUUUCAGUAGCGUUUUAACUUUAUAUCGCAGGAACCUGGAAGCAAAAGGGCCAGACAGGCAGCGCGCACCAAGCCAACGGCCCGGAAGGGAAGCCAGAGCGGGACUCUCCGGUCGCUUGCUCCUCGCCUCCCGGGACUUCCAGGGUCUUCCCAGCGCCCCGGGCCUCCCCCCGACAGCGUCACGUGGCGGCGUGGGGCCCGCCUCCGGUGACGUCACCGCGCUCGCAGCCGUCGCGCUGAAGAAAGGAUGCUCUAGGAUGCUGUGCAGGUGGGCGGCAGGGCUGCGCCAUGCGGCACUGCAGGUGUAAUUAGCAUGGUCAAUGCAGGCGUGAUGAGUGGCUCUGGAAACCUGAUGGAUUUUCUCGAUGAGCCAUUCCCUGAUGUGGGGACAUAUGAGGACUUCCACACCAUUGACUGGCUAAGGGAAAAGUCACGGGACACUGACAGACACAGAAAGAUAACCAGCAGGAGCAAGGAGUCCAUCUGGGAGUUCAUCAAGGGCUUGCUGGAUGCCUGGUCGGGAUGGGUGGUGAUGCUGCUCAUCGGCCUCCUGGCGGGCACCUUAGCUGGCGUCAUCGACCUUGCUGUCGACUGGAUGACCGACUUGAAGGAGGGGGUCUGCCUGUCUGCGUUCUGGUACAGCCACGAGCAGUGCUGCUGGACUUCCAAUGAGACCACUUUUGAGGACAGGGACAAGUGUCCCCUGUGGCAGAAGUGGUCAGAGCUGCUGGUGAACCAGUCGGAGGGUGCCAGUGCUUACAUUCUGAAUUACCUGAUGUACAUCCUGUGGGCGUUGCUGUUUGCCUUCUUGGCCGUCUCCCUGGUGCGUGUAUUUGCACCAUAUGCCUGUGGCUCCGGAAUACCAGAGAUAAAGACCAUUUUGAGUGGUUUUAUCAUCAGAGGCUAUUUGGGGAAGUGGACCCUGCUGAUCAAGACUGUCACCCUGGUGCUGGUAGUGUCCUCCGGCCUGAGCCUUGGGAAGGAAGGGCCGCUGGUGCACGUGGCCUGCUGUUGCGGCAACUUCUUCAGCAGCCUUUUCUCCAAGUACAGCAAGAACGAGGGCAAGAGGCGAGAGGUGCUCUCGGCUGCUGCUGCCGCUGGAGUCUCCGUGGCCUUCGGGGCUCCCAUCGGGGGUGUGCUUUUCAGCCUGGAAGAGGUCAGUUACUACUUCCCCUUGAAGACCUUGUGGAGGUCCUUCUUUGCGGCCCUGGUGGCAGCCUUCACGCUGCGGUCCAUCAACCCCUUUGGGAACAGCCGCCUUGUUCUCUUUUAUGUGGAAUAUCACACGCCCUGGUACAUGGCUGAACUCUUCCCCUUCAUCCUGCUUGGGGUCUUCGGGGGCUUGUGGGGAACGCUGUUCAUCCGCUGCAACAUCGCCUGGUGCAGGAGGCGCAAAACCACCAGGCUGGGGAAGUACCCAGUGCUGGAGGUCAUCACAGUGACAGCCAUCACUGCCAUCAUCGCCUACCCCAACCCCUACACGCGCCGGAGCACAAGCGAGCUCAUUUCUGAGCUGUUCAAUGACUGCGGGGCCCUCGAGUCGUCCCAGCUCUGUGACUACAUCAAUGACCCCAACAUGACCCGGCCUGUGGAUGACAUCCCAGACCGGCCAGCCGGGGUCGGGGUUUACACAGCUAUGUGGCAGCUGGCCCUGGCUCUGAUCUUCAAAAUCGUCAUUACCAUAUUUACCUUUGGCAUGAAGAUCCCCUCAGGCCUCUUCAUCCCCAGUAUGGCCGUGGGAGCCAUGGCAGGCAGGAUGGUGGGAAUCGGUGUGGAGCAGCUGGCUUAUCAUCACCACGACUGGAUCAUCUUUAGGAACUGGUGCCGGCCUGGAGCAGACUGUGUCACUCCAGGACUUUAUGCCAUGGUGGGAGCUGCAGCCUGCCUAGGUGGAGUUACCAGGAUGACGGUGUCAUUGGUGGUCAUCAUGUUUGAAUUAACGGGUGGUCUGGAGUACAUCGUGCCCCUGAUGGCGGCGGCUGUGACCAGCAAGUGGGUGGCUGAUGCCUUUGGGAAAGAAGGCAUCUACGAGGCCCACAUCCACUUAAAUGGGUACCCAUUUCUGGACGUGAAGGAUGAGUUCACCCACCGCACACUGGCCACUGACGUCAUGCGGCCACGGCGGGGAGAGCCCCCACUGUCUGUGCUCACCCAGGACAGCAUGACCGUGGAGGACGUGGAGACGCUCAUCAAGGAGACCGACUACAACGGCUUCCCCGUGGUCGUGUCCAGGGAUUCCGAGCGCCUCAUUGGAUUUGCCCAGAGACGGGAGCUGAUUCUGGCAAUAAAGAAUGCCAGGCAGAGGCAGGAGGGCAUCGUGAGCAAUUCCAUCAUGUACUUCACGGAGGAGCCCCCCGAGCUGCCGGCUAACAGCCCACACCCCCUAAAGCUGCGGCGCGUCCUGAACCUCAGCCCUUUCACAGUCACGGACCACACCCCCAUGGAGACGGUGGUGGACAUCUUCCGGAAGCUGGGGCUUCGACAGUGCCUGGUGACACGGAGUGGGAGGCUUCUUGGCAUCAUCACGAAAAAGGAUGUCCUGAGACAUAUGGCCCAGAUGGCGAACCAAGACCCUGAAUCUAUCAUGUUCAAUUAGCAACAGGGUGGCAAUUAUUUUGAGAAAAACACAAUGACUGUGUCAUUUUAAAAGAAAUAAACAAAUGAUACGUUAUUAUCCUAAUGAACCAUCAUGCACUGGGGGCAGUGGAAACAAAAGCUUUGUUUGACUGGGAAGGAGGAUGCAACUUAAAAAAAAAAAACACAUCAAGGAGUUGGCGUUUUAUAGCUUUAACCCCUUAGGAGUUUCAAGCUGUGUUUCUUAAUGAGUUUACUAGCUAUGGGGUCUUGCAGGAGGGUGUAAACGAUGUAGUUUGUGCAGGGCCGUGGAACACAAAUGCUUAGUCAGGAAACGUUUGCCCCUUCUGAUCAAGGCUGAUUUCUGUGAAGCUUUGAGUCCCAAAGGCAGAGGGGUGUGGGUAUGUCAGCAUCCUUAUGAACUACUUCCUGAAAUUUGGCUUCUCUGUCACUAAACAUUUAGACUAAAGACUAAAGAUAUUUGCACUUAACUUUGUUGGAAAAGAGAAAGAAAUUUGGACAUAAUGAAGGCUGCAAGAAUGCCAGUGGGUUCACUCGUGACUGCCCAUUUCAGCCUGUUGUUUUCCUUCUCCAUCAGUUCCUGAACCAGCGCCGGGUUACCUGCUAUGCUGAAUAUGAAGAAAUCAUUUCUCUCUGGCAGACCAGCACCUUGGGGCUGCACGAUGAACUCUUGGAGAGUCUGGCGCGGCACUGUUUCUCCCACACCCAGGGGUUCCUCCUUAUUCUGAGGAUAUACACACCCGCUCAUUGACUUGAAUCCCCAUUACAUUUGCUGCAUUCAGUUGUUAUUCUUGCUUGGCAUUCUUAAAUAUGGAUUAGUCUAGCACCUUCCAUGGACCGUAUAUCCUGUGUGCUGCCAGCUUUCUAUAAGUGUGCUCUAAUUUCCAAAUAGCAUAUACAAAAGUCAAAGCGGGCUGCCCAGUGGUACUGCUUAUUUUUCCUCUCAGAUCUUAUAAAAUAUGGCUGCAGAGAGGGGGAAGGCAUACGAGUUCUCAGUGGGAGCUCCUACAAAUGGAUUGCAAGAGAAAUACUAAAUUGAUUCUAAAUCUGUUCCAUUAUCUUCUCCGUAGGAUGCAAAACGUCUGCUUUAAUGUGCUAGUGUGCACUUUCACACCAGCAAUUGAAGCAUGGAAGGACAGAGUUCAGUUUUAGACAGCCAAUUUGAGCGCUGGCAUCUUUCUACUGAAUUUGUGAUACAUUUAUUCUUUUAGUCAGGGUUCAGUCUUUUCUGUGGGAAGGAAUUAAGCUGUGCUUUAGCCCCACUGUGUGAUCUGUUAAGAGUUACCCACCUCGCCCUUUGACUUCAGUCUUUGUUCUUCCCUUUUUCCUGAGUCCUCAUCUUCUGUCCUCUCAUCAUUGGGUGCUGAUGGACCAGGUGAGCAGUGGAGGACACGUGAUGGAGUGAAGAGCCUAAGGCCGAACCUGCGGUGGGCACUGAGGGCUGUCUCCAGGACAGGAAGGGGUCCCACGCUGGUAGUUUUUCCACCACCCCUUGUCCUUUGUCCUUGGCGUACUGCCUCAGAGUCACAAGGUGGUCACAGAACGGCUUUCUAAACAGGAAGAGGGAGGAAGAGGCACGUAACAGGUGCAGUGUCCACAUCAGGAAGGCAAAGCUUUCCCGGAGAUGCUCGGCUUACAGCCACUGGCUAGAGUUCUGUCAUGCGGCUCCCCUAGUGGCACGUGAGUGUGCGAAGGAAAAUUGCAGCUAGGCAUAUUAGUCUCCGAACAAAAUGUAGGUUCUCUAAAUAAGGAGCGACAUUGGUCCUGGGGAGGGAAACGUUGUUUGCCAUAGGAGAGGCCAUCAUUGUGCCCUGUUCUUGUCCUUUUGUCUAACCUACUCUUUCUGGCCAAACCCUCUAAACACUCUCUUCUAAGCUUACAGCCCCCACCCCUUUGCUCAGGUCUGACCUACAACUCCCGCUCUGAAUCCAUCAUUCCUAAUGAAAAUGUUCAUUUUGGAUAAAAAUCCAGCUACAGGCAGGUUUCUCUGGAACUUCUAGUCGAUGUAAGAGAUAUCUGAUGUGUUCUCUAGGUUAAAAAAGUUUAAGUCAGAUCAUGCUGACAAACCAUGGAAAAUUUGUUUCUGUAAUUGGCCCCCUUAAAAAUAAUAUCAAAUAGCCACUUCAGUGUGGAAAUACCGGUCAGUAGUAGAGAAUUCAGUCUUUGGUAUCUCAUGCAGCGCAUGUAAGUACCGAGUAACAGAUCAUAUUAGCAUUGUUAUUGGGGUUUCCAUGGAACAUGUGCAAGUGAAGCUGGAUUUUCCCUGGACUUUAAGUCUUAAAAGGUCUUAAAGAUUGCUUCAUGUAGUUCCCUCUUACUCCUGCAUGGCCUCCCCAAACAGUAUUAGUCAUAGCCUGGAUUUAUAUAAUCCAGGAUGCCCUUUUAGCUGAAAUAAGGAGUUUCAGGAAAGAGCACGGAACAGUGAACUGAUAGCUGAGGGCAGCGAAACCACAGAAUGUCCUCCUCCCCCAGCUGAGGCGGCGGAGGGGUGGAGGGGUAGGUUACCUAUGCCAAGGUCACUGAGGGGAGUUGCCCUCCUUCCCAGGGCUUAGUCUAGAGAUGUCUGUGAAUUCCUCAGAGACAGCUGGGAGUGUUACUUGACUGAAAUAACCUUGUUUUCCUUCAUAAGCUGAACCUCUCAUUUGUUGGGGGGUUUGGCUCUCUGCCACAGGAGGCCAGGGUCAGACAGGCGGGCUAAGGUCAAGGAUGGGAGAGUGCAGUGGGGUGGCCGGAGCCUUUGCCCUCCUCGCCUCAAGCCCUGCCAGCAUGGCAGUCGUCUUGCCCACCGGCCCGGGGCCUCAGACAGGCUCACUGGAGAACAGCGCUUCGGCACUCUUUUGUGAAAGGGUGGGGAUGGGAUGCUGAGGGUGUUUGCUGUGCCCCCGCGUAGAGCUCCAUCCACUUUGCCUGGCCAUCUGAUGAGCGAUGUGAGCAGAGCUAGGAUGAGGAGGUGAGAUCAAUAUUUCUCAGAAUAGUGUGUUGUUUUCCUUUUUGCAAAACCAAAGUCUUUAGAUGUUUGUAGAACUUCCUGGAUUCUUUCUAAAUUAGUGUUUUAUGUAAACAAACAAAUGCAUAAUGGAAAAGGAGUUCUUUAAUGAGGCACAUCAACCUAUUUCUUGUUCUCUCUACUCCUAAGGAAAUGUGUUGUAGGACAGACACCAAAUAAAGAGUAUCCUGAAAGAAA